UAAACAGACAUCUUUAAUGCAUGUGACUGACUAUGCCGCCCCGCAAGAAGGAGUACGGGAUUAAACGUGCGAGCGGCUCUCUGGUUCACUUCAGAGCGCCCGUGAGCGCGACCACCAUUCGCCGACACUCCGCCGUCGUUCCCUCGGUGUUGACGUUCGCUGUGAUCGUGGCAUCCGGAGGCCUGCUGCUCAUGAUAGAAAAGGGAAUGUUGAACAGCGUUCAGACUCCGCCGCCGCGCGCUAACGGGAGGAAAGUGGAGUACCGACUGAGGAGCAGCAGUGACACGGCUGCGGACGUGGAGUCUCAGAUCGUUCAGGAGAUCCGCAAUCGCACCAUCAGGUCAGUAUGUGGUCAGAGGAACAUGCCUCACAGUGUGUGGUCUCUCAGUCCCCUGCAGAGGAAAACUCUCCUUCAGCACAUCCUAGUGAAUGACGAGCAUCGCUUCCUCUACUGCUACGUGCCCAAAGUGGCCUGCUCUAACUGGAAACGAGUGCUGAAAGUGCUGAGCGGCGCUCUGGCCAACGUGGACAUCAAAGUGAAGAUGGACCACCGAGCUGACCUGGUCUUCCUUUCCGACCUCCCACCUGAAGAGAUUCGCCAUCGACUGCGCCAUUAUUUUAAAUUCAUGUUCGUGCGAGAGCCGAUGGCCCGUCUGCUCUCUGCCUAUCGGAACAAGUUUGGUGAAAUUGAGGCCUAUCAGCGCAAAUACGGCGCAGAGAUCAUACGCCGCUAUAGAAAAGGCUACGCAAAAGAUAAAAAAAUAUCAGGAAAUGAUGUGACAUUUACAGAGUUUACCCGUUAUUUAGUGGACGAGGACCCAGAGAGGAUGAACGAACACUGGAUGCCCAUUUAUAACCUUUGCCAACCCUGCGCUAUCGAAUAUGACUUCAUCGGCUCAUACGAAAGACUGGAGAGCGAUGCAUCUUACAUUCUGGAGCGCGUCGGAGCGCCACAACAUGUGCGUUUUCCUGAGCGACAGACGUGGUACAAACCUGUAACCAAGGAAACUCUGCAUUAUUAUUUAUGCACUGUGCCACAGAAGUUUCUCAAAGAGCUCCUGCCCAAGUAUAUUUUGGACUUCUCCCUGUUUGGUUAUCCUUUACCCAACACAACCACUGAAUACUGCAGGCACUAACAAAGACAUUGUUGGUUUGUAAGAUUGUCUAUAAUCUGUCAUUAUGUUCAUGUUAAUGCCUUUUAAACAGAUUUUUGAUUUUAUACCUGUACAGAAUUUAAAAUAUAAUUGAAUAAGCCUCAGUACGGUGUAUUUGAGAGCUUAAGGAGUUCAUACCACUAUUUAAAACUGGAAAUACUCAGCUGUUUUACUCAUGAGAUGGACAUUAAACAGAAAAAAACAUUGUGCAGUGCGCAAGACCUUCAGAAGUUAUAUAUUAGUGAGCACAAGCUUCCAGUGUUUUCACUUGUCAAUAUAAUAUUAAUCCUUGCGUGCUGUUGGGGAUGUUUUCAUCCACUCUGGGGUGAUUUUGAGUCUCAAUGAGACACAACUUUCUUUGUGAUUCAGCAAAUGGAAUGAUUUUUGGUGACAAAUUUUGGGAAAAUGCUUUGAAAAUGUUCAAAAAUACACUCUAAGCAAAUAUACCACCCUUUUA